CGCGAGCCCACGUCUUCCAGAUCGACCCGAACACCAAGAAGAACUGGGUUCCCACGAGCAAGCAUGCCGUCACAGUCUCCUACUUCUUCGACAGUACCAGGAAUGUGUACCGGAUCAUCAGUCUGGAAGGCUCCAAGGUUUCGGCCUGGAACCCAACUUUCAGUGGCCGUCCCCAGAACACAGGGAGUUUCUACUUUGUUACUCAAUAAACGCUGACAAAAAACAAAAACAAAUUCAUCACCAAAAUAAUCACCUAGAAGAAACCAUCCCAUUUAUAUGUCAUUUUAAUAAAUACACAGGCUGAAACAGGAACUUAAAUGACCUGAUUUGCAAGGCGCUGCAGUGGCUAGAAAAAACCCCAGAAGGCAAAAUAGAUGGUCUCAGGAGUUGAAUGCUGUCAUCAGGCAGUUACCGAAGCAUCCGGUCAGCAGACAUGUUAUGCAGCAUUACCAGCCCUCCAGCUUCAUAGUGGUCACAGUGUGGGCUUGCAUGAGGCUGGAAGGCUGCUUUGUGGUUUGCUGCCAUGUGAGGCUUGCAGGCGGCCUGACGGGUAUCAGAGGCCAGCCACAGACCUUAUGUCAUCCUGCAUCACGAUGUAAGGAGUAAAUAUUUUUCUUGUGUUUGACUUACUUUAAAAGAUAUAGCUAAGCAGUUACAGAUUGCCUUUUGGAUUAUAGAUUUAUAUAGAUUUAGGACCAGUCGGCUUCUAACGUUCUCACUGCGUUGGACAGGAACUACUGAUCUACUUCAAUUUGUACUUUAUUCAUGUUCAUUAUUAUUUUAGCCUUAAAGUUGUUGCACUUUUAUUUAUUCUUGCCCUCAUUGGUAGAUUCAUUUAUUGUUUUAAUUUAUAUUUAUUGCACAGAAGCAUGUUUAUCUGCUGGUGGUAUGUGUGAAGAACUGUUCAGCUGUUAUGUGGGUGAUACAAAUGACAAAGAAAUCUAAUCUCAUUUAAAUUGAAGGCAGAGUGAAAGUUUUUUCCUUCAGCUGCAGUUUCCAAUGAAGGAGUUCAUUAAGCUCAGGGGUUCAUGACCCUUCAUAGAGGAGGACAGGAGAGACGUAUUGAAAGCAGCAGGAAAGCAAUCGACUCGGACUUCAACAUCCAAUAAAUUGAGCUAACUAUACCAGUAAUCCCAGAGUGGCCUCCCACACUGAUCAAUAACAUUACAGCCAGCUGGACUCAAUUAGAAGCUCCCUAUUGACAGCUUCCUGUGUGCUAAACUCAGGGCAUAGUAACCCACAUCAGUUUAGACAGCCUCCCUGCAGCUGUCCCCAGCCAGCACACCCUUCGUCACCAACAGCUACGAUAAUCCGGUCCCCAAUAAUGCACAUUUCAUCCUCUGCAGGCUAUUAUCAACAGCACCAUCACCCCCAACAUGACCUUCACCAAGACGUCGCAGAAGUUCGGCCAGUGGGCCGACAGCCGGGCCAACACAGUCUACGGCCUUGGCUUCUCGUCCGAGAGCCACUUGAGCAAGUUUGCAGAGAAAUUCGCUGAGUUCAAGGAGGCGGCGCGGUUAGCGAAGGAGAGGUCCCAGGAGAAGACGGAGCUCACCAGCACUCCCUCGCAGGAGUCGGCGUCGGCGCCAGGUGACCUACAGUCACCUCUGACGUCAGAGAGCAUCAAUGGUACAGACGAGGACAGAGUCACACCAAACACACCGAAGCACAGCAAAGCCAGAGCAGAGCCUUCCCAGAACGCAUUACCCUUCUCUCACAGUUCCUCAAGCAUCAACAAGCACUGGGAGGCCGAGCUGGCGGCGCUGAAGGGGAACAACGCCAAACUGACUGCGGCUCUGCUCGAGUCCACAGCCAACGUCAAACAGUGGAAGCAGCAGCUGGGGGCCUAUCAGGAGGAGGCAGAGCGGCUACACAAACGGGUGACAGAGCUGGAGUGCGUGAGUGGCCAAACAACAGCGAUCAAAUCUCAGAAAACAGAACUCAACAGAACAAUAGAGGAGCUGGAGUUGGCUUUAAAGGCCAAGGAGGAGGAGCUGGAGAGACUUAAAGCAGAGGUGGAGAGUGCCAAUGAGUUUAGGUUUCAAAAAGACACCCUCACACAGAAACUAAAGGAGACGGAGUCGAGAAACCAGAUGCUGGAGGUGCAGCUGAGCGACCUGGAGCAGCGUUUGGAGAGCAGCCAGCUGGAGAGGGAGACCUACAGGAACAACCUAUGUUCCCUGCUAGAGCUGCUGGACAGCAAGAUCUUCGAGCUGACGGAGCUGCGCGACAUGCUGGCUAAGCUGAUGGAGGGCAGCUAGAGGGCCGGCAGCACCUCCGCCGACCGACAUCAUCACCAACACAACUUGAAAUCUCUUCUUCUUCUUUUUUUUGUACAUGUUCAGAGUUUACAUGCAUUAAGGGUACACGCACAUCGUCACUUCAGCGCACUCAGAUGGUUUACAAACAGCCAAGUGAAGCCUUGUCUUUGCUCCGCUCUGGAAAACUUUGUCACUAUAAUUUAGAUUUUUCACCACCAUCAUAUGCUAAACAAUUGAGCUUGGGUGCGACACUGGAGCCAACUGAGCUCCAUGAUUAUGCUUCAAUGUUUUCCUCGCUGUUCACUGAAAUCAGCCAAACGAGCUCCUCCGAGACGGGAUUCUUUCUUUACUCGCAGGAUUUAGAGAUAAUCACAGAAACUGCCACACGAGGAUGUCGGUUUGUCUUAUAUUCUUCUACAACCUAUGAGCAAUACACUAAAGAAGAGUCUAUGAACUCUUCCCACUCUCACUUUCAGGUCAUUUUCCUGCUCCUGCAGAUUGGUUCAAACCUGAAGCGAUGCAGGAUUUUAUUAAGUCUUUUCUUUCUGUUCUUUUGUUUCUUUUGUGUGGGUGACUCAGAUUGUUUCUUUCCUUUCUUUCUGAUGCAUUUUGAAGUGCAAUGGUUGAAUCCUGUUUUUUUUAUUAUUUAUUAAUGAAAUAUUUAGAAUAAUGAACAUUGUAAAAACGCAAGAGAUGGUUUAAUUUAAUUUUAUUGUUUGUAUGUGGCUGUGAAGGUGCAGGAUAUUUCUGAGCGGGAAAGGAAAUGCGAUCCAACUUGUUUUUCUUUUGCCAAAUGCUGUUUUUCUGUGCAGAUUUGAACUCUUGUUGCCUUGGGCACUGAGAUGCAUCAACGGUAGCUAACUGACGGUACGUUUUGGGUUUUUUUUUCCUUGUGGGAUUACCUGUUGCCAAAAAUGAAAGCAUACUCUACGGUACGUUCGCCUGCAGAACACUAAGGGCUUGUUCUUGGUUCGGGUCAAACAUGGGGUGAUUUUGGCGGCGACCUUCAACUUAAAGGCGAUGAUGUACAUUGUUGCUGAAAAGGGAUUUGGAUAAGAAAUUGAAAAGUGGAUGAAAACACUUGCUGAUAAACACAAAUUGUAAUUUUAAGUUUAUAUUAAAACUAAAUCUGAUGAAGA